AUGUCGUACUCGAUAGACGCAGCGGUGUUCGGCAAACGCCUGCAGCUCCUGUAUGAUGACUGGAAGACAUCUCCCUCCUGGAACGGAGCCACCGCCCUGGCCAUCGUCACGGGACAGCCCACGGAGGAGAUCCGUUACUAUACCUCCUCCAGUCUGCACCUCUGGCUGCUGGGAUACGAGUUCACCGACACCAUCCUGGUGCUCACCAAGACUGAGCUGCAUGCCCUGGCCGGGUCCAAGAAGACAGACCUGCUGGGCCCCCUGGCCCCGGCAGCCGAGGCCGCCGGGGUCAAGCUGGUGCUACACACCAAGCCCCGCAAGGAGGACGGCGCGGCCCAGAUGCAGAGCUUGCUGGAUGCCUUGAAGGGGUCUGGAGAGGUCGGGACCGUGACGGUGGGUACCCUGCCAAAGGAGAAGCCGACGGGUGCGACGGCAGAGGCCUGGCUGGCGCGGCUCCUGCAGGCCGACCUGGCCACCGUGGAUGCCUCCGCCGGCCUGGCCCACGCCAUGGCUGUCAAGGACGAGGACGAGGUGAAGAACGUGAAGAAGGCCGCGUUCCUGGCCAGCGGUGUCCUGACCCAGUUCAUGGUCAAGGAGAUCGAGGGCGUCAUCGAUAAUGAGGAGAAGGUGCGACACAGCAAGAUUGCGGAGAAGACGGAGGACACCAUCCUGAACCCCAGCAAGAUCAACAUCAAGCUCAAGGCUGACGCCAUCGACGUGGCCUAUCCGCCCAUCCUGCAAUCCGGGGGGACCUAUGACCCCAAGCUGUCGGCGGGCAGCAAUGACGACACCCUUUCCUACGACGUGAUCCUCUGCCAAGUGGGAGCGAGGUACGCGUCCUACUGCGCCACCGUGGGCCGCACCCUCUUUGUCAACCCCACGCCGCGGCAGGAGGCGGAGUACGCGGCCCUGCGCGCCGCACACGCCGCGGCGAUCGCGGCGCUGGUGGAGGGCGCGCCACUGUCGGCCGCGCACGCCGCGGCCGUGGCCGCUCUGGAUGAGAGGGGCCAGGGCGCGCUGGUGGAGGCGCUGGGGAAGAACGUGGGGACGGGGAUCGGGUUGGACCUGCGGGACGGGUCGUGCGCCCUCACCGCCACCGCCGCCGGCCAGGUCCGGGCAGGGACCACCUUCCACGUCGCUGUCGCUGCCACGGGGCUGCGCCAGCCGGCGCCGGACGGGGAGGAAGGCGCGGAGCAGACCUACGCCAUCCUGCUGGCCGACACGGUGGUGGUGCGGGGCGGCGGCCAGAGCCCCGAGGUGGCCACCAUCGCGGCCUCCAAGGACUGGGAGGAGCCUCUGGACCCCCAGGACCUGGCCGGGCGCAGGUCCCAGCGCACGGAGCAGGUUGACUUCCGCCUGCGUGACGAGGAGAGGCGGCGCCAGCAGGAGAACCAGGAGGCGCUGCUGGACCGGGUGAACCAGGCCACGCUCAACAUGCUGACGAAGCAGGGCGACGGCGCGGGCGGCGGCGGCAGGGCCGGACGCAAGGUCAGCGACAUCGUCGCCUACGCCUCUGCCGCCGAGAUGGCGACAAACGGCACGCUGACUGUGCAGACUGACACGCGCAAGGAGUGCAUCCUGGUGCCCAUCUACGGGGUCAUGGUGCCCUUCCACGUGCUGACUGUGAAGAACGCAACCCUCAACCAGGACGGCGACCACGCCUUCAUCCGCGUCACCUUCAACUACGGCGGCGCGUACGAGCCCACCGCCAAGUUCCCGGGCGCCGCCUUCCUCAAGGAGCUGACCUUCCGCAGCUCCGACCCACGCCAUGCCGCCAAGGUCGUGCAGGAGAUCAAGACCAUGCGCAGCAUGGUGCUGCAGCGCGACAAGGAGCACGCGGAGCGGGCCACGCUGGUGGCGCAGGAGCGGCUCAUCCGCGGCAAGGUGCGCGUGUCGGUGGGAAUGAGGGCGCGCGUGUAUUCGCUGCCAGACCUCUGGAUGAGGCCGGCGUUCGGCGGGAAGGGGCGCAAGGCGGCGGGCGAGCUGCAGGCGCAUGCGAAUGGCUUCCGCUACACCUCUGGGCGUGGCGAGGAGGUGGACGUCAUGUACCGCAACAUCAAGCACGCUUUCUUCCAGCCGGCGCAGAACGAGAUGAUCACUCUGGUCCACUUCCACCUCAUCCACCCCAUCAUGGUGGGGAAGAAGAAGACGAUGGACGUGCAGUUCUACACGGAGGUGAUGGACUCCGUGCAGACCCUCGAGGCCGGGCGGCGCUCGGCGCACGACCCCGACGAGAUCGAGGACGAGCAGAGGGAGCGGGAGCGCCGCAACCAGAUCAACCACCAGUUCUCACAGUUCGUGAAGCGGGUGCAGACCAACAUCUGGGAACGCGAGUUCCCGGACCUAAACCUGGAGUUUGAGGUGCCCUUCCGGGAACUGGGUUUUGACGGUGUGCCGGCACGGACCACCUGCUUCAUCAUGCCCACCGUCAAUUGCCUGGUUGAGCUGACGGAGAUGCCCUUCACCGUCAUCACCCUGGCAGAGGUCAACGUCGUCAAUCUGGAGCGUGUAGGGUUCAACCUACGGAACUUUGACCUGGUCAUCAUUUGGAAGGACCUGGAUCGGGAUGUGGGCAGGAUCGACGCCAUCCAGUCCAAGGCGCUGGACACCAUCAAGGACUGGCUCACCUCCGUGGACAUCAAGUACUACGAGUCCAAGGUCAACCUGAACUGGAAGAACAUCCUCAAGAGCAUCAAGGAGGACCCUGAGGGCUUCAUCCACAGUGGCGGCUGGAGUUUCCUGGACACCUCCCAGACCGAUUCGGAGGAGGAGGCGGAGGAGGAGUCGGAGUUCUCACCCACGGAGGGCGAGGAGGAGAGUGACGACGACGACAGCAGCGAGGACGAGUCGCUGGUCGACUCUGACGAGGACGAGGAGGGCAGCGACUUUGACGAGGAGGAGGAGGAAGGCAUGGACUGGGACGAGCUGGAGAAGGAGGCUGCGAGGGAGGACAAGGCGCACCACCACUCGGAGGACGAGGACGACGAACGGCCUCGCAAGAGGAAGGGCGAGGGCGGCGCUGCGGCAGGCUCCAAGCGUGGGCGUCACUGA